CCAUUUCCUCUCCUUCCCUCUUCUCCCGCUCCCCAUUGUUCCCCAACCUCCCCCCCGCCCGCGCCCGGAGAACGAGACCGCGCCGCCGCCCGCCGUCACCCAUGGAGUCCUCCUCGGACAACAUCGAGGUCCCCCAGGAAGAGCGCCAGGACACGCCGCCGCUGCCGAAUCCUAGCGAGGAGGAGAAGGCAGAGGUGGAGGAGGAGGGGGAAGGGGAGAAAACCCUAGAGCGGGCGGAGGAGCUGUUCGCCAAGGGGUCCAAGGCCAUCGAGGAGGGGGACUUCGUCGAGGCCGUCGACUGCCUCAGCCGCGCCCUCGAGAUCAGGGUUGAACGUUUUGGAGAACUUGCUCCAGAGUGUGCUAGCACGUAUUACAAAUAUGGAUGUGCGUUGCUAUACAAAUCACAGGAGGAGACUGAUCCUUUGGGUAAUGUCCCCAAGAGUGCACCAAAUGAAGACUCAGCGAAGAGUACAACCAAUGAAGGUAGUGGAAAUUCAAAGGCAUCCAGUAGCAACAUCAAAGAUGCUCCAUCUUCGGACAAAGAUGGUCUGGAAGAAGGUCAAAACUCAAAUGAGAAAGAUGAGGAGGAUGCAGAUGGUGGCAGUGACAAGGAUGGUGAUGAAAUGGGGGGAGAUGAAGAAGAUUCUGAUUUGGAUCUAGCCUGGAAAAUGUUGGAUAUUGCAAGAGCAAUAGUGGAGAAGACCCCUGAUAACACGAUGGAGAAAGUAAACAUCUUUUCUGCUCUAGCUGAAGUCUCCAUGGAAAGAGAGGACAUAGACAACUCACUUGGCGACUACUCUAGAGCUUUGGCCAUCUUAGAGCACUUGGUUGAGCCUGAUCAUCGUCGGAUUGUUGAACUAAACUUCCGUAUCUCUUUGGUCUAUGAGUUGGCAUCCAAGAUUGGAGAUGCCAUCCCAUAUUGUGCAAAGGCUGUUUCAUUAUGCAAGUCACGUUUGCAGAACCUGAAAAAUGCAAAGGAAGCUUUGUUGGCUGAUAAAGGAGAGAGUACAUCUGCUGUUGACGGCGGCCCUAAAAAAUCUUCUGUAGAAAAUGAGAUGGAGUUGGUUAUUGCCAUAUUGCCUGACCUCGAGAAGAAGCUUGAAGACCUGGAGCUAGCAAUGGCAACCCCAAGCUCUGAAAUAGAGGAGAUUAUGAAGAGUAUUGCCUCAACGGCAGGUCUCAUGCAGAAUGCUGGAAAGGCCAUGCCAAGAGCUUCAUCCUUGUCUUCUUCACAAAUGGCUGGAUUUAACAAUGGCUUUGAUUCCCCAUCCAUGUCUACAGCAGCAACAUCUGGAAGCACCGGAAGUACUGUCACUGACCUUGGGGUUGUAGGAAGAGGCGUCAAGCGAGCUAAUAUCCAGCCCAUCUCUGUUGAACCUUCUCCAAAGAGACUUGCGGCAGAUGAUCCGCCGUCUGUGAAAGGUGACAGUGGCAACAACUCAGUCGUUCACCCUGCAGCAGAAGACGGCGAGGGUUCCGUGUCAAAGUAAGAGUACGUUGUCGUUAGCCCUACCUCCUGUUAGUAACUCGCCGGAGCCUGUAAGCUACAUAUUUGGCACUGUUUAGCUUAAUGUGCACUUGAACUGGUGGUACAUUUGCCAAGCGUGACAGUUCCUGGUAGCUGAUGCGCAUAAUCUGAUGUGUGUGCCUCUUCAUAUGCAUUUUCAUCUUUGAUGAUCCAUCCAUGCCAUACUGUGUUCAGUU